AUGAGGGACAAAAAGGGAGCGGAGAACUAUGUAGUGGAUCAUUUGUCUAGGCUACCUUUUGAGAACAAGGAGGAUGUACCGAUCAAUGAUGAGAUAGGAUUCAAAGCUCUCAUGGCUUUGGUGUCAACUUCUACCCCUUGGUACGCGGAUAUAGCCAACUAUCUUGCGUACGAAGUCGUUCCCCCGGAGUAUUCUUCUCAACAAAAGAAGAAGUUUUUCAAGGAAGUGAGAAGGUACUUUUGGAAUGACCCAUACCUAUUCAAGCAAUGUGGAGAUGGCCUUUAUCGGAAGUGUAUUCUAGAUCAUGAAAUUCAAGGAGUUCUUGAGCAUUGCCACUCACUACCAUGUGGAGGACAUGGUGGUGUUUACAAAACAGUGGCAAAAAUCUCUCAAUCUUUAUUGCGGUCGCCGACAAUGCAUAGAGAUACCCACCAAUUCGUUGCGUUUGCAGUUCCAAGGGUGCUAAUUAGUGAUGGAGGCUCCCAUUUCGCCAAUAAGCAAUUUGAAGCUCUUCUCAAGAGGUAUGGCGUUCAUCACAAGGUUGGAUUACCUAACCACCCUCAAACUCAAGGACAAGUCGAGGUCUCAAAUCGUGAAAUCAAAAAUCUUCUUGAAAGGAUGGUGAACAAAUCAAGGAAAUAUUGGUCUCUCAAACUUGAUGACACAGUAUGGGCUCUUAGGACGGCGUACAAGACUCUAAUCGGCACGACCUCCCAUAGGUUGGAUUAUGGAAAGUCUUGUCACUUGUCGGUUAAGUUAGAAUACAAGGCUUGGUGGGCCAUCAAAGAGCUAAAUAUGGAUUUAUCGGUGGCCGGUGAGAAGAGAUUGCUUAAGCUCAAUGAACUUGAUGAGCUUAGAGAUGAUGCUUAUGAGAGCUCAUGGUUAUAUAAGGAGAAGGCCAAAAAGUGGCAUGACCACCAUAUUCGAAACAAGAACUUUAAGGUUGGAGACAAGGUAUUGCUUUUCAACUCAAGGCUUCUUUGUUUUCAGGUAAACUCAAAUCAAAAUGGUCAGGGCCUUUUGUGA